AUGGAUGAUAAUGCUAUGGGGUUGAAUGCUGGUGUUUCUGGAAAAAAGAGGCGAUUUUUUUCCGACGAUGAUGAAACCCCUAUUAAACAAUCAGAAGCAAUUGAAAUAACUCAAGUUAAGAAUACAUCUGAAGUUUUGGUAAAAGAAAAUCUUGACGUUUCAUCCAAAGAUUCUACCCCACAAAUAAUUAUAAACAAAUCUGCAAGAUCAAAGAGAGUUCUCAGUUCAGAUAGUAGUGAUGAUCUUGAGUCUUCAGGUGAUGAAAGUGAAAAGUCGAUAAAUAACUCUCAAUCACAGCAAUCAAGUUAUUCAACAUCUGAGGAUGGGUCAGAUGAUAAUUCAAAUGAUGAGUCAGAUGAUGAGUCCGAUGAUGAAUCGGAUUCUUCCUUGUCUACAAGAGGAAGAAGAAAACUCAUUAAAACUGAAAAUGGCACUCCGAUCAGAUCAAGACAAGUUAAAAAUGAAACUAAGCAAACAAAAAGAACAUCAACAGGCACAAGGGCCUCCACUAAAUCAAAGUCUGGUGCAGAUUCUAAAACUAAAUCUAAAGCAAAAAGUACCGGUGGCAGAAAAACAAAAACUGUGGCUAAAAAAAAGCGUGCCUCGGAAGAAAAUGUAUCUAAUUCACAAGACAAUUCUUCUGAUGAAGAAGGAAAUACUGCUUAUGUUCCCCGGAGAGAUCGUGACCAUAAACAAAUAUUAGUUGCAGCUAUUCUGUGUAGGUGGUGGCAUGCACUUCCAGACUGGCCUCCACCAGAUACUGAUUACCAAGCUUUGCUCAAGGAAAGAAAUCUAAAACUUGUCUCAAUUGAUGAUUGGGAGGAAGCUCCAGAUAUUGAUGAAAAUGGAUUUUCUAAAGUUUAUCAGCUCUCCGAAUAUGCUGGUGUUUUUAGGGAUUCAAAAGGUAAUGCUCAUGAUUUAAGACCUAAGGAUAAUAAACCUUGUUAUUCUAACUUAAUUAAAAUGGAAGAGGGAAAGCUUUAUGAACUAUUAGUUACUGCUCUGGAGAAUCAGAUAAAAACAUUAGAAACUGAUUCUCCAGGAGAUUCCAAGCUAAUUAACGAAUUAAAGGUUGAACUUGUUGAGGCUCAAGCCUUAUUGAGCCGUAGAGUAUCCAACAAAAAAAAGUGA